UGCAUCUGAAUAAUCAAGCAUAGGAUUGUGUAGGAAUUUGUUUUUGGCUGCUCCCAGGCUCUGCAGACAGUUCCACUCACUCCUCGUAGGAGUGAGCUGAACUCACUGCAUCUCAAAUGUCAAAGAAGGGGCACUGUAACUGGUCAACCCAGGACAGAUGGAAAGCGCGUCGUGCAGGUGGUGCUCUCCUUAUGGUAGCCUUUUCCAUUUCCAGCCUUGUCAAACUGGGCGCCCCUCGCCUUCUGCUUUUUCAGUGCGAUGUUCUCUAAGGGUUAAAUGGAUGAAGUCCACAUUUCCCAGGCAACCCUGAGAAGUGAGGGAAGGAGGGGGCCAUUGAGAGAGACUUCUUCCUGUGUUCUGCCUCCUCCUGUGGGAAAAUAGUGUUCGAAUUUAGAUACAGGAUCUUUACAGCUUGUGAGAGAGGAUUUGGGAGAAGUCCCUUUCUUCCUAGUCAUGGACAUAACAUUUCACUUGGGAAGAUAAGACUAAAAUUAACCCAGCGUCUCUUCAAGCCUGUGCAGCUAACUAGUAGCAGCAGUUUAUUCCUCACCUCACUCUCUGAGGGUGAAAAUGGCUGCUGGUGAAAGGGAUGCCUCAGAGAUGGCCUUCCCAUUUCAAACUAUGGGAGAGAAAGCAUUGAAAAUGGAGGAGCCAGAGUACACAGGCCCUGGAUGGAGGAGUGGAACAGAAAACAGGCUUUGUGGCACCCAUGUGAGAACAAAUGGGGAUUGGGGGGAAAGAACGGUAUCCGAAGAGGUUAAACUGGAACCUCAGGAGCAGCUGCAGCAAUGCUGGGGAAACCAAUUGCAAGAGUUUCUAAAAAGAGUGGAGCUGUCUCAGCCAGAGUGGAGAAAUUCACAGUUGCUGGGGCCCACACCAGUUGAUGAUAUUAAAGCUUUUCUGCCCCACAUUGAAGGAACCUUAUGCCCUAGCCAGCAGCCUGGUGUUGAGGGACUGGCCCAGUUCUUGCCAGGCCUCAGCAAAGUAGCCCAACCAAUGGAUAGCAAACUGUCAGACAAAGCCAAGGCAGAAUGUAAAAGACUAAAGGAGAAGGGCUUGAAUGAAGAUGCCGCCAUCUUGGGUUCAGAGUGCCAACAUUUCAGGCAGUUCUGCUACCAGGAAGCUGAGGGCCCCCGAGAGGCUUGCAGGCAGCUGUGGCAGCUUUGCCUUCGAUGGCUGAAGCCAGAAAGCCGCACGAAGGAGCAGAUCUUGGAGGUGGUGAUUCUGGAGCAGUUUCUGACCAUCCUGCCCCAAGAACUCCAGAAGGGGGUCAGUGAUGGUGGACCACAGACGUGUUCCCAGGCAGUGGCCCUGGCAGAAGAUUUCCUGUUGAGGCAGCAAGACGCUCAGAUACCAGAGCCCUUUGAAGUAGUAGCCACACAUGGCCCAGAGGCAGCGAGGGCUCCAUUGGAAGCCUGGCAGAGGCCUCUCUUCAAGGAGAUCAAACAGGAGGAUGACUGUGACACCAACUCUCUGGUUGUGGUGUUUGUCAUGCAGAUGAAAAGAGAAAUAGCUCGUGUUAAGAUUUGUCUCCUGAUUCUAGCAGAUGAUGGGAAGCCCCACAUGGAGGAGCUGGAAAACCAGCUGGAACAUUCCAGGAGAAUGGAACCAUGUUGGAUGUUGUCAGGAAGAGGUCCACAAAAUGUUUCCUACAGCUCUGAACAGGGAAACAUCUCUGAGAGCCAGCAAGAAAGCGGCCCAGAGACAACAGAACUCAGACCUCUUCCAUGUGACCUUCUAGCGCAUGGAAAGAUCCAGACAGGUGGGAAACGAUACAUAUGCUCAGUCUGUGGGAAAAACUUCAACCAAAGGUCAACUCUGACUGUACACGAAAGGACCCAUACGGGAGAGAGGCCGUAUGAAUGCCCAGACUGUGGGAAGUGUUUUGGCCAUCGCUCAAAUCUCAUUGCUCACAAAACGGUUCAUACAGGAGGAAGACCCUAUAAAUGCUCCGAUUGUGGGGACAGCUUUAGGCAUCAGUCACACCUCAUUGCGCACAAGAGGAUUCACACUGGCGAGAAGCCGCACAAGUGCCCGGUCUGCGGGAAAGGUUUCAACCAGAGGUCAGCUCUUACUGUGCAUGAACGAACCCAUACAGGAGAGAGGCCAUACAAAUGCUCAAACUGUGGAAAAAGCUUUAACCAGAGGUCUAUCCUUAUUGCGCAUGAGAGGACCCACACGGGCGAAAGGCCAUUUAAAUGCUCAGACUGUGGGAAGAGCUUUAAACAGCUUUCAGCUGUCACUGCGCAUGCACGAAGCCACAGUGGAGAGAGACCAUUCAAGUGCUCGGACUGCGGGAAAAGCUUUACCCGCAGCUCACUCCUUAUUAAACACAAGAGGACGCAUACAGGAGAAAAACCAUACAAAUGCGCACAUUGUGAAACACACUUCAGUCAGCGCUCACAGCUUGUUAGUCAUGAAAGAACCCACACUGGAGAGAAACCCUAUUAAUGUGGGGGAAACCUGAGCCCAAACCCAAAUCGUUAACACAAGGGUUCCUAACCUGUGGCACUCCAGAUGUUGCUGAACUACAACUCACAUCCCCAGCCACAAUGUGUUGUAGCCAGGGGCGAUGGGAGUAGUAGUUCAGCAACAUCUGGAGCGCUACAGGUUGGGAACCCUUGUGUUAAUGCACAGGAUGGAGCCUGUAUGGAGUGGUGGGCCACAAGUCCACAGUAUGAGACAGUCUCCCUAAUGCUCACUGCAGGACAUUCGCAGGUCUCUGUGCUCAGUGUGGUUUGCAUGGAGGUGUGGAGCAGGCAUUCUAGCAAGGCCUGGCUCUGUGACAUAAGUGGGCCUGCUUGUGCCCAUCUCUGUGUGCCACAAACCCCUUUUGCUUGUGUUACUUCUGGCAACCAUGCCACAGGGUCGGUUAAUUAUGUUGUCCAGGG